AUGAAGGUGGAUUCAAGUAAAGUUUCAGCUUCGACGACACCAUUUGCACUUAUCGAUGACUAUAGUGCUAUUUCACAAGAAAAAGAAGUACUAUUUUCGAUGCAUACUGUUUUUCGUGUCGGUGAUAUCAAACAGACGACAGAAAAUAAUGGUCGUCUCUGGGAAGUUCAAUUAACUCUCACCGACGAUAAUGAUUCACAACUGGUCAAUCUCACAAAGCACAUGCAGGAAGAACUCUGUGGAUCCAUAGGAUGGCAUCGAAUGAGUAAACUAAUGCUCAAAGUGGGUCACUCCGAUCAAGCUGAACAACUCUACAAUGAACUACUCGAGAAUGCUUCCAGUGACAGUGAACGAGGAUAUAUAUAUCACCAACUUGCAGAGGUGAAAAUGAACCAAGGACUAUACAGACAAUCAGGUUUAUUAUAUGAGGAAUGUCUCAAGAUCUACCGAACAACUAUUCCAGAGGAUCAUCCUUCAUUUGCUGAUCUGUACAACAACAUCGGUGAAGUUUAUAACAAUACCCGUGAUUACUCGAAAGCACUUGAGUAUUUCGAAAAAUCACAUCAAAUAAAAGAAAAAACUCUGCCUCCAAAUGAUUCCUCAUUGGCUAUUUCCUAUAACAACUUCGGUUCCGUGUAUGACUACAUGCAUGAUUACUCAAAAGCACUUGAAUAUUUCGAAAAAGCACGUAAAAUAAACGAAGAAGUUCUGCCUUCGAAUCAUCCAAAUUUGGGUAUUUCCUAUGGAGCCAUCGGUGGCGUAUAUAAAAAUUUGGGUAACUAUUCGAAAGCACUUGAAUACUAUGAAAAAACACUUGAAAUUCACAAGAAAACUUUACCUCCAAAUCAUCCCCAUUUGGUUACUUCCUACAACAACAUCGGUCUUACGUACAACAACAUGGAGAACUAUCCGAAAGCACUUGAAUAUUUCGAAAAAGCACAUCAAAUAAACGAAACACAACUAGCCCCAAAUCAUCCCCAUUUCGCUACUUCCUGUAAUAACGUUGGUCUUGCGUAUAGAAACAUGGGUAACUACUCGAAAGCUCUUGAAUACUUUGAAAAAGCACACCAAAUAAAAGAACAAAUUUGGCCUUCAAAUCAUCCCGAGUUUGCUCUCUCUUGUAACAAUAUCGCAGCAGUGUAUGAAGAUAUGGGUGACUACUCGAAAUAUUCAAGUGCUUUCGGAUAG